GACGUCAACGCGUCCCUCCCCUCUUUACGUCCGUUAAGCGAAAGAUGGCGGCGCCCUGGGCGAGAGUUAUUCCACGCACGAGUGUAACGUUUGUGGUUUAAAGUCUCCAUCAAGAUCAGAGAAACAUGGCAGCACCAGCAGCACUAAACCUCAGCAAUGAGGUGGUCAAGAUGAGGGCUGAAGUGAAGAGGGUGAAGGUGUUGGUCAUCCGAAAGCUCACACGACAAAUUGCUGCUCUGAAGAAAAAGAAAGGAACGGAGGCCGACUUGGAGAAAAACCAGAGGCGAGUAGCGAGGUUGCUUGAGGAGAUUCGAGAGUUAAAGCACCUGGCGCCGGAUAGCAUCACCAAAGCUGCCCUGCAGAAGGACAUCAGCUUUGAGAAGGUGUGCCAGAAUAAAGAAGCCAGCCCUUCCGAGCGCGCCACAGCACGCGUCGCCACACACCCACAGUUUAGCAGAAGAAUCCAGAGCAUCAAGAAGGCCAUCGAAGCCUUCAAAGCAGAAAGAACAGGCACAGCAAAGGCUGAUAAAAAGACACAGAAGGAAUCUAAAGGCAUCAUCCAGCAAAAGAGUGAGUCAGAACAAGACAGCGAUGAUGAAGAGGACGUGGAAGAGGCUGGGAAAAGGAAUGAAAAAGAACAGGAGGGAGAUGAUGGUCCCUCUCAGAUGACCCAGAAGAAGGAUGCAGAAGAGAAAUCAACACAUGCAGACAGCGUACCAGUUGAGGUGGUCAGGAUGAGGAAAGAGGUAAAGAAACUGAAGGUGCUGAUUAUCCGGAAGCUCACCCAGCAGAUUACCCGUCUGAAGAAGAUGAAGGGUGAAGAGUCUGAGCUAAAAGGGAACCGAGAGUGCGCUGCAAGACUUCAAAAGGAAGUCGAAGUUUUGAGGAAUGUUUUUCCUGACGAUGUUACUACAUCAGCCCUUCAGGGGAACAUUGAUGUGGAAGAAGUGUUCCAGAACCCACAGUCCAGUCCACUGGAGAGAGCCACUGCGCGGAUCGCCACACACGCAUGCUUCAUCAAGAAACUCCAAGAUGUCCGAGACGCUAUUGAAAAAGAGAGGACUAAGGCUGAAAAGGCUGAAGAGAAAAAUAAGGAUGCAGAGGAGACGAUGGCUGAUGAUAGUGGUGAUGAUGGGAGCAAUUCAGAUGAUGAGGAGGAGAAGGAGGAUGAAGAUGAAGGUGAGGAGGGUGGGACAGCUUCUGAUGGCAGCGAUGAUGAUGAUGAUGAUGAUAACACAGGAGACAACAAGAAAGAAAUGGAUGAAGAUCAGACUUUGAAUGUGAAUAAGAGGUCUCAUGUCGUAAAGCCGCCAGAGGACAUCAGAUCUGCUACUGUAGUAUUAUCGACAAAAGAGAAAACGCCUGUCACUAAAUUAGAAGCAGGAGUGACUGAACAAGCUGUACCUUCAGCAAGUCUAAAAAAUAUUGCUAAAAUGCCAGUUUCAGCAGGCGUUGUCCAUAGUCUGCCUGCCAAAACCACAGAAACACCAGUGAAGAAACCACCAUCAUCAAAACGAGACAUCAAACCUGAAACCAAGAAGCCAGAGAAUAAAGAAGGUGAAGAAGAAAGUGACUUGGAGUCCUCCGAUGAGGAGGAGGAGAAGGAGUAUUUUGAUGACAGCACAGAGGAACGUUUCCACAAGCAGUCUUCUCUCUCUGAGGACAGUGAUGAAGACGACUUCUUCCUCGGCAAAGUGAGCAAGCUGAAGAAAAAGAAAAGCUCCGGACCUGGAAAGGACAAAACCAGUGAGCCAAAACCAGCGGCUGAAGUACAGGAUGCUGAAGAGGCCAGGGGCACGUCUCAGGACUUCAAAAUGCAGUCAGUCUUCUGCUCCACCCUGUCCAAAUCUAGUGGUGCCUCACAGAAGGGGAAACCACAGGGUCCAAAGCCUCCACGCUUCCAGAACCAGAAGAAAUAUGCAGAGAGAGAUGGGAAACCAACUUGGUUUAAAAGCCAGGGCCCUGGAACUGACAGAAGGCCUUCAGCGGCUGGGCCCAAAGCUCCUGGUCAGAGGCAGAUGGGUGCUGCUGAAGCAAGGAUGGGCAAACCUGCAUUUGAGCAGCAACGCACCCAGAGUUACAAAGGUGCACCUGGCAAACCUUUCAAGCCUCCCCAACAUUCCCAACAGGCCCUGCAUCCCUCGUGGGAAGCCAGUAAGAAGAGGAAAGAGCAGCAGUCUCAAAUCACAGCUUUCCAAGGGAAAAAGAUCAGAUUUGAUGAUGAUGAUUAAGAUUUUCUGGGUUUUAUCUCCCAGGCCAACAAAGGACCUCUGAACUUCUGACUUUUUAUUUGUUAAGACAUUUCUAUGUUUCUAUAGAAACUCCUACACUGUCGAUGCAAACUUUACUGAAAAGUUUUAGUAAUUUUCCCUCAUCUGUUUUUCAAAUUAGCCAUGAUAUUCCUUAAUUCCUGUUGACAUCUUAAAAUUGAUGAAGGCUUGUUCCGUGGAGUCGGUGCAGCUGUUUGUGUACAUUUUAAAUAAAACAUAUUUAAUGUG